AUGGCGUUGGGACUUGCUGUCAAUCCUCGUUCGGACGAAGACUGGGAAAAGAUCGCAGAAACUGUUGGGAAAGGAUGUACACGUAAAAGAAGCGGGGAGGAAUGCAAAAUGCGAGCUGAAAAGACUGGCUUAUUGUUAACUGCUACAUCUACUUCAAAUAAUGCCAGCAACGGACGUUGUACUCAACUCUCAAAACCUGCACGAAGUGAUAAACCGAUAAAGUCUCUCUUUGGCUCUGAAUCGGAAGAAUCAACGAGCGAAAUUCAUCGCAAACAUUAUGAUGAUUUCUUUGCAAAACAGAAAUCACCAAUCACAGAAUGUUUGGACAUGGACGACACUUUGGUGCGUGUAUGCAGCACUGAAGUUUCUACUUAUCCAUAUGUGCGUCUUCGUAGCACCCGACGUCCGUUUAUGAUGAAAAUCUUGUUUGAGGAUGGUUCUAAAGACGAUGAUGGGGAUUGCUCUUUUAGCGAGAUUGAAACGAAUGGAUAAAGCAAAACAGAAGGGAAACAGUCAGGGAUCGCGUCUUCCGGUGAUUUUGUUUAGAAAUGUUUCUUUAUUUUACCUCAACAAUGUAAUAGAGAGCUUAAUUCACCCAAGUUAGGUGUUUUUUCUAAUUUAGAUUGUAUUCUAUUUUUGCUUUGAUUUUUUAAUUUUUUCAAAACAAUUUUUGCAAUUCUAAAAUACCUAAUUU